AUGUCUGUCCCCAACUUUGCCGACAUCGCCAAGGCGAGCAACGAUCUCCUCAACAAGGAUUUCUACCACCUCUCUGCCGCCACCCUCGAGGUCAAGAGCAACACCCCCAACAACGUUGCUUUCAAGGUCACCGGCAAGACUUCUCACGAGAAGGCCACCGCUGGCGCUACCUGGAACACUGCCAACGCCCUUGACACCAAGGUCGAGCUCGCUGACACCCUUGCCAAGGCCCUCAAGGCCGAGGGUGUCUUCUCCUUCCUCCCCGCCACCCAGGCCAAGGGCGCCAAGGCCCCACCGCCAACAUUGACGCCGUCGUCGGCCACGAGGGUUUCCUCGCCCGGUGCCUCCGCCGGUUACGACGUCAACAAGGCCGCCAUCACCGGCUACUCCGCCGCCGUCGGCUUCACCGCCCCUGCCUACACCGCUGCCAUCACCGCCACCGACAACCUCAGCAUCUUCGCUGCCUCUUACUACCACAAGGUCAACAGCCAGGUCGAGGCCGGUGCCAAGGCCACCUGGAACUCCAAGACCGGCAACAACGUCGGCCUUGAGGUUGCCUCCAAGUACCGCAUCGACCCCGUCUCCUUCGCCAAGGUCAAGGUCAACGACCGUGGUGUUGCCGCUCUCGCCUACAACGUCCUCCUCCGCCCUGGUGUCACCCUCGGCCUCGGCGCCUCUUUUGAUACCCAGAAGCUUGACCAGGCUACCCACAAGCUCGGUGCCAGCUUCACCUUCGAGGGUUAA